UGUAGCCUACUUAAAAAUAAACGAUAUCGUUUAGUUUUUUUUUUCUUUUUACAUUUUUUAAAGGCAGGCUUAUUUAUUUAUGUUUGGACACGCCUCCUGUCAAAACGUCACAUCCAAACAUGGCAGCUCUCUUGAAUCGGUUACACCACAUUUCGCUCCACGUUUUUAACGCGGAAAAAGUGGCUCGCGAUCUUGUUUCUAAAUUCAAGUUUAAUUUGUUCGCCACCAGACUCACCGACAGGUCCAGGCAGCUGGCUUUCAGAAAAGGAUCGGCCGUUUUCAUCGUGAACGAGAGACCAAACCAGAGUCAUGUGGGAAUGAAUGAAGAGCUACUCAUCACAGACAAAUGUUCACAUGAUCCAUACCGGAUUAACGUGGGGAAAUACAACCAGGAUAAGUCAACGAGAUGUCUUUACGACGUGAGCCCGAAUUACCCGGUGGACACUGUGAGCAACGUGUGUUUCGAGGUGGAGGAUGUGGAAAGGUCAUUCAGGGCUCUUAGUCAUCUGGGCUGCAGUUUCCUGGUUCCGCCCACAACAGUUCAGGACGACAGGGGGCUCGUCACCUACUCAGUGGUCAAAUCUGUUGUGGGGAAUGUGUGUCACACACUAAUUGACAGGACAAAAUACAAGGGGAGCUUCUUGCCUGGGUUUGAGGUCAUUGAAAACGACUGCAUCAGCUUGCCAGAGGAGGACAUAUCUUGUCCAAUCACACAUUUUGACCACAUAACUUACGCCUGUCCAAGAAAAACGACCCACCAGGUCAUGAGGUGGUAUGAGAAGCUGUUUGGUUUUCAGAGGUUUUUCAUUGAUAGUAAUGAAGAUGUGGACGAAGGUUUUGUCGUAAACCAGGAGGGCAUUGGACUCCGUCUUACCGCCAUGGAGUACUGGAAAUGCAGCAAAGCAGGAAUCUCGCUCCCUUCUGUAGACAAAAAAGAGCCGGACUGCAAGUUUGUCAUUGCAGAAUCACUGCCUGAACAAGGCAGGAAUCAGGUCGACACCUUCUUGGAGCAGCACAGGGCCCCGGGGAUCCAGCACAUUGGGCUGUACACAAAAAACAUUGUAUCUACUGCAUCUGCGAUGGCUGAUGCUGGUGUCCAGUUUUUCUCUCCCCCUCACGCCUAUUACACUGAGGUGGGAAAACAGCAGGAGAUUGAGGAGGCAGGACACAACCCUCAGAUGCUGGCGCAGCACGGCAUUCUCCUGGACACAGACCUGCACAGAGAUCCUUUAUCACAGACAUCAUCCGGUGAAAGCAAAAGAUACCUCCUCCAAGUGUUCACCAAGCCCAUUUUUGCAGAGGACACCUUCUUCCUCGAGCUGAUUGAGCGAAGAGGGGCGACAGGUUUCGGCGAGGGGAACAUCAGGGCGCUGUGGAGGUCGGUGCAGGCGCACAUGGAGAGUCAGAGGGGGGAUUCACGAGGAGAGGGAUCCCCAAAAACUGUGCAAACUGCUCAAUAUUAGUCAAUCCAAAUAUUUUUACAUAAGGUUAUUUAUUUUGGUUUUUUUUACAUAUCAACGUGAGAGCACUUUUUAGGGGAAAAUAUAUUAGGGAAUGUAAAAAAAAAGAUGUAAUAUAUUUAGUUUUCCAUAAGUGCUCUCUAUUCAGUUCUGGCUUUUGUGUUAAAUCUCUUUAUGUGUUGCGCUGCUAACAACAGAAAUUCUAUAUUGUCUUACAGGAAUACGUCACCCAAGAAAUGCCCAUUUGUUUAUCAAAUACUCAACCUGUGUUACCCUGAAUUUAUGGAGGAAUUUUUCUUAUUUCUUGCAUGCCUCCACAGUGCACAAAGAACUGAAGCAAAAGGGGGUUUAACAACGGCAAAACAAUAUCAAAACAUCUGUUAAAGUCUCACACAACUUUUAUAGUACUUGAUUUUUGUUUAUUUACUUGCUAAAACCUAAAAGCGCCCCCCCUUUACUUCAACUCAUAAAAAAUGUCAUGUUUUUGGAUUCUUCGUUCACUUCGUAUGCAUGUGAUAAAGUUUUCUGCACAAACUCAACAUAACACAAAAUGAGUAAUUGAUAUAAGAGAGGUUAUUUUGUGGCUGAUAUAUUUCUUUGAUAUCUUAGCCUUAACUGAACAUAUUUAAAGGCUCUAAAACUGCACCGUGAACACAGUGGUACAAAAACAGACAAUAUUUGACAUAUUUCACUUGAAAUGUUACAACAAAAACACACUCCCUGCAGCAGUAUAAUAAUGUGUCUGUUUUCACCGUUUCAAAGAAAAUCAACUGAAUGACUCCACAGCAACUGUUCCUCAAUAAAUCCGUUACUCACACCAGGCCAUGAAGACCAGUUACUGUCCUCAUAAUAAUGCACUCUCUGUUUCUUCAAAUGUGGGUGGGCCAAAUUUCAGAAUGAGAGCUCUUAAAAUCUCUUGGGUCAUCUUAGGUAAACAUCAUUAACAAGUGGCCAGACAGGAAAGUCAUGUAAAGUACUGGAAAUUUCCUUGAUAACUGCCAUUUUAUGCUUUUUUAGCUUCUGCUUUACCAUAAUUCUACCAUAUUGUGCUUUUACUCCACGUAAAUGUGACAGCUUUAGCUGCGUGUUAUUUAGUUUAUAAAAACUUUACAUGCAAAACAAUCAGGUU